AUGCCGCCUUACAAUUCCAAACAACAAUUACCUCAGGAGGAUCUUUCGUUGAAGGAUUUAUCGGGAGGAAGAAGGUUUCAUCGGGAAUCGAUUGGACGAAGCGAUAGUAGUGAUAGGCUCAAUAAUAGCAGCAAUAUCAACAAUAAUUCUUUGAGUCCGUUUGAAAAUGUUCAUGAACCAAUUGAAGAGAUUGGAGAAGAGAAAAAGGAUGAACAAUUUCAUGAUGAAGUGGGAGGAGAAAAAGAACAGUUGAAUCAACCAUCACGAUCACGAGGAAAUGAUUUAAAUUUUCAAAAUAGUUCAAUGUUAUCGGAUAAUAACAACCAAGAAAACAGCACAACAGCCACGACCUUAAAUCAACCACCCCGAUCACUUCAAAAUACUGCAAAUAGUGCCCUCAACAACUCAUCAUAUCCAUUUUCCCGAACUUCAUUGGUAGAAAAUUCAGUUCAUUUAGAUGAGCAACGAAAAAGAGAAAUCUUCAUGCUCUAUGAUUUGUAUUCAAAAGAAAAGCAACGAGGAAAUGAGUUUAAGAGUUUACAAUUUUUAGAGCAAUAUUUAACGACUUACUUUCGGUCAACUCCUGAAGAUCAACUCAGCACUGAAGAAUUGGAGCAUUUAAGGAAAUUAACAGAAAAAUUCGUCGUUAAAUGCAACGUGAUCGCCAUGGAUUUCCUGACCAAUCAAAAGAAUACCAACAUGUGCAAAACAUGCCUCGAUAAGGCCAAGAAUAUCAUUGAACUGUAUGGAACUAGUAUUUUCAAAGAUGAGGAAGAAAAACGAACGAAACUUCUCGUGUCCACAUUAAGUAAUUUUUCUGUUUUUUACAAAGAGUGUGGAAACCUUGAAAAAGCAUUGCAAGCACUCAAUCUUGCUCAAAAAGCAGAAACACAUUUUAACGCCAGUUUAGAACUUAAUUUUUGUGCCGUGUUGUCCCAAAUGAAUCGACAUGAGGAAGCGUUGAAUCAUGGUCUUGAAGCUUUAAGACAAUUGGAGUUGUUCAAAAAACUCAAUCGAAUUAAGCACAACAUUGCGAGUUGCAAUGAAACAUUAAUCAUUGCAUUUUACAACGUCGCUGUUGAAUACGAACAUUUGAAACAAUCUUCAUCUGCAAUGGAUUACUAUUCGAAAGGUUUUGCCCUCUCCUUGGAAGUGCUUGGAUCUGAACAUCCAACGACCAAACGGCUGAGGGACUCUCUCGAGAAAUUCCGAUCAAGAAAUCUUGUGAAAAACAACAACACCUCAAAUAAUACUUCAACGAUGAAUGCAGAGACGUCGAAUAAUAAUAAUAACACUCCCAAAAUCUCAUCCCGAACAUCCUCGCUCAUGUCAGGAAUUCGAAAAGUCAAGCCACCUUCUGCAGGAUCUUCCUCAACAAACAGCUCACAAAAAACAUCGAGUUCUGGAGGCACCUCCUCUUCAGGAAACAGAAGUUCAGAUCAUUUUCAAGAAACCAUAGCGGACAAGAGAAGAACUCAGAGCACCAACCUGUCGCUUAACAGCAGCUUGGUGAGUAUACCGCCCACCUCAAAAUCAACUCCUCCUGGAGGAGGAUCACUCAAUCACUCAUUUCGAAGGAGUUAUAGAAAAGCUCCUGUUCCACCUCAAAAACCUGUCCCACUCACUGAAAACAAUCUAGAGCUUCACAACAAAAUUUCAACCUUGCAUUUCUAUGCUACUCUUAUUCAGAAAGUUUUUCGAGGCUAUUGGGCAAGGAAAAAGCUGAGACAAGAACGAUCGAUACGUUACAGUUACCGACCUAUUAAGGACGUUGAGUUGAUGUAUGAGACUUUUCUAUUAAAUCACGAAAGGUUGUGUCGAGAGAAGCUGAAACGAUCCUCCUUAAAAUGUCGACCAGUCCCAAGUGCGACAUUGAGUGAAGACAAGAUUCACAAAGUUCGUCAAAAUCGUUCACUAGUUGCUCGACCUCCAUCUCCUCCAAAAGUUGACACUCUUUCCAGCAAGACGAAAAUUCUUGUUAAUGAUAUAACCUCCACUCUGAAACAAUUAGAAAAGGUUUUACAGAAUGAGUAA